AUGGACGACCCAGGCCUUAGCUGGCCUGCUUGGAAGUUUGGACUGAAGAGGGCCGACCUCUUCACCUCUCUCCACGACCAGUACAAUACCUUUACCUUCACCCUCCAAGACCCUGAGGCCUUUCACGCCGAUGUGUCCCAGAUCUCGCACGAUGCUCAGACAACCGAAGAGUUCCACCGCAUGAUGGCCGAUCGACGACAACAGCGCCUCCUCGAACUGAACGAGUCUCUGGAGUCGCUAGCCUACGAAAUCAUCGGCAACCCUAAGCUGAUGGACUCGGAGCACUGGACGUUCGCCCUGCAGCUCUUCCGCACAAAGUCGUUCGACUCGCUUGUACGAUACUUCGCCAGCUACAUACCGAGCGGUGUACAUGGUGGCAAGGAGGCACGCUCCAACCACUCUUCUGAUUCCGAAGCAUCGACUGUCUCGUCUACUAGCACGAACGCCAGCAGUGUUGACGAUACCAACCCCUCCGACGUUUUCUGCACUGGUCCCGUCAUGACCGAAGAGCCGUCUCAUCUCGAUUCCGCACAAUACACACAACUUGGCGUUGACGCUCCUCUCUCGCCUCCCGAAUCCGAAUCCGACGCCAUGACUGCCGCGUCCGCCGACGACGACGAAGCGAUCUUGUGUUGCGACUCUACGUAUGCACGCUCGCGAUCCAUGUCGUUCUCUGGCUCGGAAUCGUGCCUUCUCGAUUUCAGUCGACCUAUACUCCAUCAUGACGAUGAAGAUCACGAUCAUACCUCGCAGUCUGGCAGUGUCAACACUGCCCCCACGUCUGUAUCGGACGGCGAAGAGGUCCGCUCGUCGAUUGAUUCUGUGGAUGGUAAAGAGCUCCAUUACUCUCACUUUGAAGAUGAAGAGGAUGAUGAACUUCUUACCGCGCAGUUUCCCGAAGAUGCCUUUGACGUCUACGACGCGGAACAAUACAUCUCUGAAGAUGCCCCCACCGAGUCCGACACACCUACACCGAGACAGGAUGGCGUGUCGACCAACUCGUAUAUCGACUACAAGUCGCUCCUCAGCCGCCGGCUUCCUUCGCCUCACCGACAGACGCGACGCUCACCGUCGCCGUCAUCGAGAGCACACCGAGAUGUGGGGAUCCCAUAUGAGGUGCGGAGGAGCCCAGACGAGGCAUACAGCAAGAUCCAGAAACCGGUCUCCGACUCCACACGGAGAAGAGUCAAGGGAAGGACAUGA